AUGAAGGCUCUCCCACAGAAGGGCGCUGCAGCAGCAGCAGCAGCUAGUGCAGCAGCAAGCGCAACUGCUGCAGCAGGUGCAGCAGUAGCAGCAGCAGCAGCAAUAACUACAGCAGCAGCAAUCUUUGUAGGUCAGGGGCCUCAUAAGAUAUCUUCUCUAACUUUUAUUUCCCCUGCAAGAGAAAUACAAUCUCCGCUGUAUAUACACCAGGGCCUCCGCCUCCAGCAUCAGCAGCAGCAACAGCAGCAGCAGCAGCAGCUGGUGCAGCGGGAGCGGCGGCAGUUCCCCCUCCCGCACCCUAUGCGUGUUGAGGGGCCACCUGCACGCUGCAGCAGCAGUAUGCUGCUCCCCCUAAACAGCUGCAGCAGUAACAGCAGCAGCAGCAGCAGCACCUGGCGGAGCAGCGCUAGCUCCAUCAAUAGCAGCAGCAGCAACAGCAGCAGCAAUAGUAGCACACUUCAGGAUGUCUGCUUACUGAUAGAGGAGGAGGUGCGGACGCAUGCAAGGAAGGCAGGCAUUUGCUGCGAAGACCUCAAGAUCCGCGUAACCCCGGCAAGCCCCGCAGUUGAGGGAUAUGAGCUGCAGGCCAACAUCGCCGCAUUGCUGAAGCAGCAGCAGCAGCAGCAACGGCAGCGGCGGCAGCAACAAGAGAAGCAACAGCAGCAGCCUGAAAACUCAAUACAACUCCCCAGUGAAGCAACAAUAUCAGAAGCACGUGCAAGCAGGACAGCAGCAGCAGCAGCAGCAGCAGCAGCAGAUGAGGGUUUACGUGAUGGUGCUGAGUUUGUUGCAUCCUUGAUGAAAGAAAGUUCGCUCCUUAAAGAAAUUUGCUCUGCAGCAGAAUAUACAGGAAAAGGCUUUAUAAGUUUCCGACUUCGAGACGAUUUGUUGCUGCAACUGCUGCAGCAGCAGACACAAGAUCCAGACCGCCUAGGCCUACCCCCUGUAUUGGGGCUGGAUCGCAUGCAGCUGUUGAUUGAUUAUUUCUCUCCUAAUGUUGGCAAAGAUCUUCACGUUGGACACCUCAGAGGGGCCCUUGUUGGUGACUCUCUAGCAAGGCUGUUGGAGUUUAUUGGACUCCGCGUACACCGCAGCUGUUAUUUUGGUGACUGCGGCAUCCCCUCGGCUGUUUGCCUAGGAGGCCUUCAAGUGUACAAGAAAAUGAAGCAGCUCAGCAGCAGCAGCAGCGGGAGCAGCAGCAGCAGCAAUGGAGGAGACGGGGGUCAGAUGUCUCCUGUAGAGUUGUUGCUUGCUGCAGCAGAUGCUGUUGUUGCAGAUACUCCUCCUGAGUACAGACCUGUGCUUCGCCCAAGAGAAGGAGCAGCAGCAGGAGCAGCAGGGGUAGCAGCAGCAGGAGCAGCAGGAGCAGCAGGAGCAGCAGCACCAGACAACCAUAUCAGUGACGCAGACGUAGAGGCCUUCAUGUCGCAUAUGGCCGCUUUGGAGGCAGCGCUUGAAGAGCAGCAGCAGCAGCAGAAGCAGCAAGAGGAGAAGCAGCAGCAGCAGGGAGGCAAGAGCGAAGCAGCAGCAAACAAUAUUAUUGACUGGCAGCAACUUGCAAAACGAAAAGAACCACAAACAAAACUUAAUCUUACGGAAGCUUAUGCGAGGUUCGCUCGCCAGCUGCGGCUAUUACGUUUGUCUCCUCAAGCAGCAGAUGGGGAGCAGCAGCAGCUGCAGCACAUGCAGCAGCUAAUAGAUGUUUUAAAGGAGAAGGACAUGCUGCUGCCAUCUGAAACAAGCAGCAGCAGCAGCACCAUCAGCAGCAGCAGCAGCAGCAGCAGCAACACGAGCCCGUUAAAUGUUCGAUUCCCACAGACAAAAGAGGAGAUCCCGCAUGAGCAACAGCAGCACCAGCAGCAGCAGCAACAACAACAACUUGAUUCAGUAGCCAUCCGAAGACAAGGGGGGACAUACACAUACAUUGCCACAGACCUUGCUGCGCUUAAAUCUAGGGUGGAAAGGGGCAAUGACUGGGUCCUGCUGGUGACGGACGAGCAGCAAGCAUCGCAUUUUAAGCGUUUGUUUGCCAUUGGCAAAAAUAUACUAAAAGAUAAAACCCUAAUUGAAGUAAAUGCAAGGAAAAACCCUCUUAUGCAGCACCUGCAGCAGCAGCAGCAGCAGCAGCAGCAGCAGCGGCAGGUGCGACCUGCGGUAUAUGUACAGCAUAUAGGUGUCGGGCUGGUGAAGGGCCCCACAGGGGAAAAGCUUUCCUCAAGAACAGCGGCAAACAGCCUCACAGACCGCAUUGAGGAGAUGCUGCAGGUUGCAGAGGCUGAGUUAAGACGAAGACAGCCGAAUCUCUCAGAGGCGGAAAUAAGGCAAAGGGCAGAAGGCAUAAAGUAUCUUACCCAACAACAUUCCGAGUUAGGGACCCCCAUGGGGGCCCCCAAGGAACCCCUGAAGAGGGCCCCCUACGCGCUGUCUACAGCGGAGAGAAGAUUAGCAGCAAAAGCAGCAAGUUUUGGGGUGUACGUACACCGCAGUGCUGCUUGCUUGGAUCCUUCUUUACUUGUUUCUUUCCUUCUUGAUUUAGCUAACUCCUUUAAUAGCUUCUAUGAAGCCUACCACGUUAUCUGCAGCAGCAGCAGCAGCAGUAGCAGCAGCAGUAACGGCAGCAGGAACUGCAGCCGUCGUGUUGCUGCACCCACAUCGGAAGGGCAGCAGCCUCGGCAGCAACAACAAGAACAGACCCAGCAGCAACAGCAGCAACAGCAGCAGCAGCAGGCCAACAGUCGGGUGUACGUACACCCCCAGCGGCUAUUAAUAUGCCAAUCAGUAAAACAAACAUUGGAGAAAGGACUCCAACUACUGGGGGCAGAUAAACUUGCAGAUAUUUAA